GCCUGUAACAGAUCAAGGCUAUGUACACGGCUCUCGAGGUAUAUGUCUGUCUGGUGGUUCUAAAUUUGUGCUGCAUUCUUCAUGCAAUGUGUCACACGGUGAGUUAACUGGUUGCUAAGUAUGCAGUAUCGCUAAGUUUGACGUCAUUCCCUGACUGCUGAGCACUGAAUCUAUUACUCAUUAUCUGCCCUUUCUUACUGGCUAAGAAACUACAGCUAAUUUUGGGAAUCAGCGCAACCUACCGAUUAGUUAGUUAUUUGCUAGCAGAUGACUAACUAAUCGGUAGAUUGCGCGCGCAAUGCAUGAUUUCCUUUCUUCCUUACGACGGUGUGUUUGUCGUUAUUUUCCUCAAAACAUAAAACAAUUAUUAGGUUCGGUUUUUGUGGCAUCCCGAAUAAUCAAGGGUUCGGUAACUGUUAUCAGCCUCGGCCUUCGGCUCGGCUGAUAAGACUUACCGAAACCUUGAUUAGUCCGACCUCAUCCUCCAAUAAUUGUUUAAUUUAUGAUAGAGGCAAUCCCUACUACCUCCGACUCCGGAAAGAGGUCGGGGCUGAAUUUCCUGAGCUGAUUCACUGGUCUCGUGUGAAAGGAAAGCCAGUUUGUAUGUAAAAAAAUGCAGUUUCAAAAAUAUCCGGAUUCGUGUAGACGGGAACUGUCCUACUGCCUACAUUUGUCGUAUACAUGUAAAUAAUGUUCCCGUUAUUCGAUCUAUGACAAAAGAUGACUGAUAACUAAAUCCCUCACUUUCAUUUUCAUUUUCAAUGAGCAAGAUAUCUUUGACGUUUGUAUUUAUGAAUUAAAUUCCCUUCAUGGCUAGUAAUUAAUUGGAAGCAUAUGCUGUUACCGUUCAUUCUUUGGUGGUCUUGUCCUUCUAUCACCCUGGAGAAUUGAAGUGCCUAGAGUAAAGUCCUAAACCAAAAUUGAAAAUUUGUGACCCAGUCAAGAUCCUUUUUCUUUUCAGUUCUUUUUUAAACAAAACGUGAAAGCAUUAAAUUUGUCGCCAUCUUAAAGUAGCUUACGCAACAUUUAUUAUUUUUUUCUGGAAUUUUCGGAUCAAAGAUAAACCUUUGUCAGUUGCCGGAGUCAGCUGAAACUAUCCUAUAAAGCUUCCCUCGUGAUUACGUCAUGCGCAUGAAACAAUAUGAAAAGAAAAGAAAAUUCGAUCAAGUAGGUAAAUACCAUGAUGAGAUCGAGAGCUAAAAAGCAUGACUGAAAGUGUUAGCCAGAUUUGUAAGAACAAGCAAUUUAUUUGAUAUUAAGCGUCUCGUCGUAGAAAGGGAUAACUUUUUUUGACUUUGUUACAAUGAAAUGCACCUGACUUUCACCUUCACGGCCAUAAACAUCUUUGCUGACAGACGGCCAACAUCAUUGCAACAUCAUAAUAUUGGCAAAUUAGGUCGAUAAAUAGGGUCUAAAACGGGCAACUCCCUUAAGCGACAAAAGACGCCUGGAGCAAUUAAAAUGGGCGCGUAGAAGGUUGUCUCUUGAAGAAAAACCAACAAAACAAGCCAGGAAAAAAUGUUUCCAUAUAGUUAUAACUAGCUGUUUUCCCUAAAAAAAUGAAGAGAACAUACAAUGCUACUUUGAAAUAACCGUUUUCCAAAUCGGGCGUUAUAAUAUACAGUUUGUACAGAAAAAAACAUCUAAUUAAAUUGCAAUGUCAUUCAUCCAAGUAAGGCAAGGAUUAUGCAACAGUAGUUUGCGGUCGUCGCUCAUCGCACAUGAUAAGCAAUUCCUGGCUUCGAAAAUGGUUGGCUUCGAGAGAUGUUUGAAUAGCAUUUGACAUAGAAACAAAACGGGUAUUGAGUGUCACUGUUAGUACUAUACACUCACCUGGAUGAGUAUGUUCCACCAACUUAUGACAUAUCUCCUAGACUCAAAACAAUAACAACCUUUUUGCAGUCUUUUUUUCGAGAAAGAAUACGAAAUGAGAUUUGUUGAAUCAAAACACUUAUGUGCUUGAACGUAUCUGUAUUCAGUGAAAUAAUCACCGUUUGGAAAUUAUUUUCGAUGCAGACUUCCUGUUAUAAGGGUACGCCACGAAAAAAAAAAAAACAAAAAUACAGUGCUACCCAUUUUUUUCCAGGUGAAUGCAGAACUGAGAGUGGUCGCUUAUGAGCAAACGUUUUUGAAUAGCGUUUGAAGAGAAUCGUUUAGGGAAGAAUCCGGAACAAAAUUUGUCGGAUCAAAACUCUUAUGUGCGUGAACGCAUCAGUAAAAUAUUGGAAGUUCUUUUCACGCAUCCAGACUUCCUGUUGUCAGGGUACGCAGCCGGAAAAUCAAGGUGCAAUUCCACUGAACUAGGCAUUUUUUUCUCUCAGGUAAAUGCCGAAUUUAAAUUGCCAAGGAACUGCAGAUGGAACCAGAUUUCUGUGCUAAAACCAACUGGAACUGAAUGUUUCAAUUGCCCGGAGUGUCCCGCGGGUCAGGGCCUUGUCCCGCAGUGCGGCUCACGUAUCACUGCUGACGUCAGUGUGGAGUGUGUACAUUGUCAAACAGGCGAAGGUUACUCCUACAAGCGCGAUAUUUCAUCUUGCAAGCCGUGUACAGUCUGCGACCCAAACGAGCAAACAAUCAGUCUUUGUACAUCUUCAAAAAAUGCUGUUUGUGGAAAAUGCAAAUCUGGGUAAGAUAUAGUUGCACGCCCCAGUUGUUCAAAAGCUUGAUAACGCUAUCCACUGGAUAAAUCGCUAUCCAGUAGAUAGCGUCGAUAAGUUGGCUUGAAUCGUCUCGCCUGGGUUUUCAUAUAUAUAUAUUUGGAUUUCCUAAUUUACUUGAACUGUGGGGUGAAGAAAUAAAUGCAGAGAAGUUCAUGACAGUUAAAGACGCAAUCUAUGCAGUUGUGAAAAGGAGCCUGAAAAAAUUUGAGGCUUGCCUGGAUUCGAACCCUGACCUUUGCGUUAUCAGUGCAGUAGCGCAAUUGAGCUAGCAAGCCAGCUGGGAGCUGAUCCAGCCUUAAAUUGGUUCUUAAUAUACUCGAUGAAGAUGGAUAUAUGAAUUUCAAAUAUUUGAACUGCAGAGUGAAGAAAUAAAUUCAGAGAUCAUCACAAUUAAAUGCGCAACUUAUGCAGUUCCUACAUACUGUCCGGAAUUUAAAAAUACGCAAAUAAAAGUGAAAUUACAGUUUCUCGUCGAGGAAUGUGGCUCGAUGUUAACCUGCAAUCAGGCGUCCUUCCUCUCUUUUUCUGUCGCCGACUUUCGCACUUCUGCCGAAAAAAAAAAAAAUUCGCCCGAUCGCAGGUUAGGUUGAAUGUCAAUUGUACCCACCAUUGUGACACUGACAAAAAUCCUGAAUCUGAGGCACACGACAAAAGUAUUGAGAAAUGGCAGUUCCAGUUUCGGGUCCUCUCGUCUCACAAGUCAAUGACUAGUUCCAGUGUUAUAAGGGCUCAGUUGAGAAGCUUUCCAUCCGGGUACUUUAAGUCGUAAUGGAAUUACAGUAAACACCCGCAAAUAAGAACCUAUGAUUUUGGGGCUCAGGCUGAUCUAGUUCUUAUUUACCUGGUGCUUAGUAAGCAGCAGCCUGAAAUGUUCUUAAAAUUUGUUUCAGAAAUGCUAUACAUUAUACCUUACUAGGGGUUAAUUAACAUACCAUGUUUUAUCACUUACAAUAAAUGAGCUAGUGCUGUAUUGCUCUUAGAGUUUGUAUGGUCCAGCACACUGUAGUACAUGUACUUCAGUUAGUAUGAGUUACUGCAUUGGUUUAUUAUUCUGACAUCCUAUUCUUUUUUUGUUUAAGAAGGCCAGUGUUUUAUUUACCAGAUCUCUUCUGGGCUGAAUUGGUUCUCACAUAUGUGGUGCUUUAUUGGCUAACUUUCAGCUUGAUGUUCUUGAUCCACUUGUUCUUAUAUGCGGGUGUUUACAGUAUUUAAAAGGCGGUUUGCGUGGAUGCCUUGCUCUGGAAAUGCCUUCCAUUCCUGUUAUUUACACCUAAAUUUAUAGCUAUAAUAGUUUUAAAUUGUCGAUAAUUUGUAUAGGUAAUAGCAUGAUUUGUAGUGAUAUUUGGCAUAAAUACUUCGAGUGAUAUUUCGAAAUUGUUAUAAGUAAUUUCACGAGCCGUUAGGCGGGUGAAUGUUGAGACAAUUUUGAAAUAUCACAAAUGGUAUUUAUGCCAAAUAUCACGUACAAAUCAUGCUAUUAUUUGUUUAUACUACUACUCGCAAAAGGUUUGUAACUUUCACAUGUAGGUAUUUCAAAUCAAGCUGAAAUACCACUGCUCUAAGCCAAUCAAAUUACAGAAAUUUCUCAUGUAGUAGUAUAAACAAUGUAAUUCGUUACAUGCCAUUUAAGUGCGUGUGUACAUUUUAUUUAUUCAAACCGCAGCUACUAUCGAGCCGUCACUGGCGACUGCCACCCAUGUUCGUGGUGUUGCAUUGGUAGUAAAGAAACAGAUAAAGAACAACAAUGCAUCGAGCAGACCAACCUGCCUGUCAAUCAAGUGUGUCGCUAUGACGUUAACACCAUAAAGUGUAAGCCCAGGAGAAACAGCACAACUGCUUAUGCGUCAGCCACUUCCGCUGUAAUAAAACCAACAGGGUCAGAAGGUCUAUUUGGUUAUGGAACGGAAGAUGAAAAAGGAAAAAACGGAGUUUUGUUGGUAUUGAUUUGUGUUUCGCUCGUUUUGGCCGUCAGUAUUGUGAUUGGCUUUCUGUACGUAAGCCAUCGAAAAACCCUAUUCCUGUUUCAUUCAGGCUGGAAGAAGUCUUUUGACGACAGCAAUGGUAAG